GAGAAUAUCCUGACCGCCUUGGAUAAGUGGGCAGAAUAUCUGCCCCACUAAAACUUUUUUUUUAUCAUUCGAAAGCGCAUUUCGAUCAAGACUGUCAAAGCCUGCCUGCCCUCAUCACUCAGGCGCAAUUGCUCAACGCCAACGAAAAUGGCAAAGGACAAGUCAGGGAAGCGAGAUGGCUCGGCGACGAGCAACAUCACCGACCCCCGUUUCUCCAAUUUCGAAACCGAUCCCCGCUUCCGCCUGCCGUCCAAGAAGAAGACCAAGACCACCAUCGACAAGCGCUUCUCGCGCAUGCUGGAGGAUGACGAGUUCACCUCCACCGCCAAGGUCGACCGCUACGGGCGCAAGCUGAAGAGCGACGUGAGGAAGAAGGCAUUGCAGAGACUAUACCAAGAGGAGGACGAGGAGGAGGGAAAGGACGAGGGGGAGGAAAAGGACGCUAAGGUCGACGAUGACGAGGUCAUCCAGCGCGAACUCCGGGCCGCCAACGUGAAAUACGACCCCGCGCGGGGCGGCGGAUUCUCGGCCUCGGAAUCCGAGUCCGAUUCUGACGAGGACGACGCCGAGGACGAGGAAGGCGGCGCAGAGCUCGAGGCUGGCCCCGCCCUGGACAGGUUUCGCGAAGAGCAGGCAGGCGUCGAGACGGGCGAGGUCACGAACAGGAUAGCAAUUGUCAAUCUCGACUGGGACCACAUCAAGGCGCCGGACCUCAUGGCGCUGUUUUCGAGCUUUGUACCGGCCGCCGGCGGUCGGAUCGAGAAGAUCUCCAUCUACCCAAGCGAAUUUGGCAAGGAGCGGAUGCAGAGGGAGGAGUUGGAGGGCCCUCCGAAAGAGAUCUUCAAGAAGAAGGCCAUGGAUGAAGACGAUGAAGAAGAAGACUCGGUAGACGAGGUCGACUCGGAAGACGAGGAAGAUGAGAGCGCUGACGGGGAUGAGGAGGACGAGAUUGACUCCGACGAGGAGGCCAAGAACGACCUCAUCAAGGAGGGCAAUGAUCAAGACUUUGACAGCGAUGCGCUGAGAUCGUACCAGCUGGACCGGUUGAGGUAUUACUAUGCAGUCAUGGUCUGCUCAAAUGCGUCCACCGCCCAGAAAAUCUACGAAGCAACCGAUGGAAGCGAAUACAUGGCUUCGUCAAAUUUCCUGGAUCUGCGGUUUGUCCCUGACGAUGUCACCUUCGACGACGAGCCGAGGGACGAGUGCGACAGCGUCCCCACUGGCUACAAGCCCAUGGACUUCGUCACAAACGCCCUGCAGCAUUCCAAGGUGAAGCUCACCUGGGAUAUGCAUCCGGAGGAGCUCUCGCGGAAAGAGUCCAUCAAGAAGGCGUUCAGCGGGAGUCGUGCCGAGAUUGCGGAGAAUGACCUACGGGCCUAUUUGGCAAGCGAUAGCGAGGAUGAGGAGGACGAUGAAGUGGAUGAAGAGGCUGUCGAGGCUGAGGCGGCGGACGGAGAACCACAGCUCACCAAAAAGGAGCUGGCGCGGCGAAAGAUGCGUGCUGCCCUUGGUCUGUCCGACGAGCCCGCGCCAAAGGCGUCCAAGAAUGCCGCCGUCGGUGAUAUGCAGAUUACGUUCUCAUCUGCCUUGACGGAUAAGAGGUCUAACAAAGACGGCCCGGAGGUCGAGGAGACUACGAUCGAGAAGUACAAGCGGAAGGAGAGGGAGAGAAAAGCGAAGAGGAAAGAGAAGACAUUGUCGAAGAGGGAGGGUGUCGACGAGGAUGACGCUGAUGUCGUUGCGGAAGAGCCAGCCGGCGAGGACCUCGGCUUCGACGACCCCUUCUUCACCUCCGAGGAGCCAGCAAAGGUUUCCAAGGCGUCCUUGCGGAAAGAAGAACGGGCCAAGAAACGCGAGGCCAAGCAGGCCGAGGAGGCAGAAAAUGCCGCCCAGAAAGCGCAGCUGGAGCUCCUCAUGGCCGACAACACGAACGAGCAGGCUGCCCAUCUGGACCAUUUCGACAUGAACGAGAUCGUCCGGGGCGAGAAACAGAAGUCGAAGAAGAAGAAGAAGAAGGGGAAGAAUGAUAAGGAGGAGAGGGGUGGCCUGCAGGAGGACUUCGACAUGGACGUGGCGGAUUCUCGUUUCAAGGCCGUCUUCGAGAGCCACGAGUUCGCCAUCGACCCCUCGAACCCGAAGUUCAAGGCCACCGGCGGGAUGAAGAAGCUGUUGGAGGAGGGACGGAAGCGUAAGGCGGGUCCUCAUGGACUUGAUGAUGAUGAUGAUGCGGGACCGAGAGACAGGAAGAAGGCAAAAGAUCAGCACGGAGAGCUUGAUCGCUUGGUUGAUGUUGUGAAGAAGAGAUCUGCCAAGAGGUAGGUAGUAGUGUCCUGGGUCUAUUUCUCAAGUUUGGAUGGGGUCAUACAUGGGUCAUUCAAGCUCGCCGGAGGAGGCGGUAGUUGUACUUUAUGUUCAACGAAUGAAGCAAUUAUCAAUGUUUUGAAUUGAAUUUGUGAGACUCGUGUGCCUCCAACCCCAGAGAAUCCCAGUGCCAGGGGGU